ACAACUACCAGUAUUCACAUUUAGAAUAUAUAUAUUUUUUUUUUUCAAAAACGUAAAUUUUUAGUUAACAUUAACUAUAUGUAAAUUUUCUUUGUUUGUAUCAAAAAUUUUUUUAAAAGAGAUUAUGAGCAUUCUCGAUUUCGAAAUUGAGGAAGUACGUAAACUAUGCGAAAAUGUUGUCCCAAGCUCAAAAAUAAUUGCAUGCACGAGCGGAUUGUUGCGCGUUAAUAUCGAUCAACUAAAUCGGCCAAUUACAGUGUGUAUACGAUUUCCAGAGACGUAUCCAAAUCAGCAUAUAUUAGUUGAGUUGAAAAGUAAAACACUCUCAGAGAAAUUCUUAAACAGACUUGUUAGUUUGUGUGAGAAAAAGGCACAGGAGCAUUUGGGUAAAACGCAAUGUCUGCACGUCUUACGCUUUAUGCAGGAAUACGUGCAAGAAAAUCCUUUGUGCGUAUGUUUUGAUGAAAUUCAAGCAUUGCGUAAGGAUAUGGGUAGUGAUGCUUCACCGGACCAGUUAAAGCUGAAACAGAAAUUAUCGACUGUGCUAUUAAAUGCGAAAGCUGGUGGCUACUUUUAUCGUGUUAAAGCACUAGUGCCGCAGGAAUAUCCGCAAAAAUGUGUAGAUCUACGGCAGCAAGAGACGAAUUUACCGGCAAUUCUUUCGCGCUAUCUAAAUGGUCAGUCACGUGAAAUUGCCAGGCAAUGUGUGGAAGCGCCUUUGCGUCUUCCCAAGGGUAAAACACCGCGAGAUUUUAAGCCGGUACCUAGCCUUCAUAAAGCAUUAAAAUUCUGCUUAGAAGCGAUAUGUGCCUUCCCAAAGGAAUGCUGUCCCGUAUGUGGGCUUUUAGCGUUGCCCGCUGAUCCCAAAGAUUUAGAAACUGACGAUAGUAAAGAUGCUUACGUAGAGAGGGUCUAUUGUGGUCACUUAUUCCAUCAGGGUUGCUUGAAAUUGUAUUUACGAGAACCACCAUUUCCUAAAGAUGGCAAACUAUGCCCGGCUAAGCAACGUCACGUACGUUCAGAUACUACGUAUGAUUUGCAAGGAAAUCAAAGCUUGAAUACAUCUAAAAAUGAUGAAUGUGGUAUGCGCUUGGCGCACGAUCGUUGGGUAACUAAUACUAAGGUCGCAGAAAGCCGUUGGGCUCAAAAACAAGCACGCAGACGAGAAUUGGAAGAGGUAGUCGAUUUUCUCAAAUGAGAAUUGUACGUGU